GUGCUAUAACAAUACAUUCAAGUGUUACCCUUUAUACAUCAUGUAUCGAACACGUUCAUUGCUCGUAGACAUAAAUGGAUAUCACGACGCCGUCGGACAUAAAACUUCUACAAGAUAAAGGUUUUCAACUGGAGAAAGUGAUAGGAGACGGAUGCUACUCUAAAGUUUUCAAGGCGGUUCUAAUUAGACGAGGCAAAGCUCCAGCAGUACUGGCCUGUAAAGUUAUCGACACUGCAUCGGCGGCUCGAGAUUACAAGACCAAAUUUCUCCCCCGCGAGCUGGACAUCCUCAUCCGAGUCAACCACCCCCACAUCAUACAAGUCAACGGCAUCUUCCAGCGGCAAACAAAGUUCUUCAUAUUCAUGCGACUAGGCGACAACGGGGAUCUAUACGACUUCGUGUCAAAAAACGGUCGCGUGCCAGAGAAACAGGGGAGACUGUGGGCGAGACAGAUCAUAUCCGCUAUCAACUACAUCCAUACUCUGAACAUCGCGCAUAGAGACUUGAAAUGUGAGAAUAUCCUCAUUACUGCCAAUUACAACGUGAAGUUAACAGACUUUGGAUUCGCGCGCACCGUGAUUAAGAGAGGCACUGAUAUCCUGUCGGAGACGUACUGUGGCACGCUUUCGUACGCGGCGCCAGAAAUACUUAAAGGCAUCCCAUACUUUCCUAAAAUGGCUGACAUGUGGUCCGUUGGUAUUAUUCUGUACACCAUGCUGAAUCAGGCCCUGCCCUUUAAAGAGAAGACUGUCAAAGAGUUGUAUGAGAAACAGGUUAAGAAGCAGUGGCGGUUUCGCUCUUGCGUGGUGAACGACUUGUCAGCAGAAUGCAAGGACCAGGUGUCGCAGUUGAUGGAGCCCGUCGCCACGGCGCGACCCACCGCUGCCAACGUAUUCAGCGGGGCGUGGAUAGCCAUGGACCAGCGUGUCGCCAAAUUAACUCAUCUGGAAGAAACUUUGCUUAAAAAAGCUGUCGCUUCCGAGAAGCGAGUAAGGCUGGAAGACGAUAAUAUAUCACGGACAGUUGACUCGCUAUACCUUGCCUCGGCUGGUUCAAAUCCGAGGACCAAGGCAGGAUUAAAUACAUUGAAAAGCACCACUACGGUAGCAUCGAUGAAAGAAAUAUCAGUACCGCAUCUCGGCGACCCCCAUUCCUAA